UCUUCAUUGGGUUAUUCUGCAUUUUUGCAUUCAUCGUUUCCAGUUUUAAAAUAUAGAUAAAAUGUACUAAUGGCCGGUGAACAAAUUCGCAUAGUUCUAUGGGCAAUUCCUCGCACUCUUUCAACUGCAUUUACUAUUUCCAUGAGCCACCUUGAUGACGUUCAAGUUAUUAAUCAUCCUUUUAGGUCUGCUCAUCGGUUCUGCUCAGACGGUAUAAUUAGUGACCAUUAUGAUCACAGCAUUGACACAAGAAAACAGUACUACCAACACAUUGCUGACACCGACAUUGAUGACGCAAACACAUUGGACUUUUUAGAGAACUUUUCUGAUCUUCAACUGAAAGAAAAUAUCUACGAAGCAGAAUAUCCCGGAAAGAAGGUGAUAUUUGCCCGGGAAAUGAUGUAUGCAAUCGAUCCACCAUUCGAACAACUUCCUACGGGAUAUCGUCAUGUCUUCUUAAUCCGAGAUCCUACAAAAGUGAUUGCCUCGUUCGAAAAGUUCGUAAAACGUAGGUGCAGUUUUCUUAACGAUUCGAAACAGUGUAAUUUUCGUAAUCAUGUAGUCUUUAAACCUGAGAUAUUUUUCAAAAAAGCUUUCGAUUUGUAUGAACAUCUAAAAAAGAACGGUAUUGAUUGUAACCCUGUGGUUAUCGAUUGUUCUGACCUACUAAACGAUCCAGAAGGAACUCUUAGGUUGUAUUGUCAACAAUUAGGGAUACGUUUUACCGAAAAUCUUGUUCGAUGGUGGAAAAGGGAUUCGGUUUUCAAAGAGUGGAGAAUGUCUGUGAUGGAAAGAAAGGAGCAAACUUUAUUGGCCUUCUACGAAAAUGCAUUUCACAGCGAGGGAUUUCAAUCAACCAACCAAUCACCAACCAUCUCAUCUUCUCAGCUGUCAGAAGAUGCAAACUAUUGCAUAAAAGUUAAUCUCAAAUACUAUCAGCGGUUACAUGAUGUGAGAAUUCGACCUGAACAGGAAAAAGUGACUCAAUAUGAAUCGAGUUGAUAUAAUGAUUUGGCUGUUUUAGUACAUGCUUAAAAUGCUCAAAUGCUGCAGUAGAUCUCGAAGAAAAUAUACUUGACUUUUCAUGACAACAUCUGAGAUAAGACCUUUGCGAUUACGUGGGUCUUGGUCAUGAACCUACUGCAAUUGUCAUUUACUAUAUUUAUGAAGUUCAGGCCUACAUACUACCCACUCAUUUGGGAUACCCCUAUUCAGGAAACACACCACUUAAAGGGACACUUUUCAGUGAAACGAGGGGCAAUAUAUCUUUUAACACUACGGCAAACCCCUAAAGGGGGACACCCCUAUUAAUGGGACGGAGACACUUUCUGAGUGCGCCAAAUGGUCGAAACCUCUAUUUAAGGGGACACUUUUCAGUGAAACGAGGGGCAACAUAUAUCUUUUAACUCCUUAACAACCAUAAAACCUUAAAAGGGGGACACCCCUAAUAAGGGGAUGAGGACACUUCUGAGUGUGCCAAAUGGUCAAAUAACCUCUAUUAAGGGGACACCUAUUUUGUUUUAAUCAUUAUAUCACAACAACUACAGCAUUCUAAAGUAAGAACAAUUAAUUCAACUUCAUAUUUUAACAAGUUUUGAACAAUAAACCAGAUUUUCCCCCCGAAUCCUUAGAGUGAACUUCGGUAUUGGCCUACAGAAUGUGUUACUUCAUAUAAACCAAUCAUGUCAACUUUGACCCUUAACAAUGGUGAUUUCGUUUCUUUUGUUUUUCGUGUACUUUCAUAGGAUUCUAAUAGAUACCAUACAUACACUAUUAAUUCUAAGACGUUACUCUAUUCAUGUUGCAUUCAUUCAAUAGAAGGCUCAAUAUUUUACACUAAAAUAGGAAUAUUUGAUCGUUAUUCAUGAAAUAAUAUUGGGAACAUUUUAUUAUUUAUUAUUUAUAUCAGCGCCUUUUUUUGUACAUACAAAGCGCUUCUUUUUACUUGGUCCUCGUGUUUUAAGUGUUUUAAUGCUGCUGGUAACAUCGCAGGAGUAGGCAAUCCCACCAGGUACCGUACCCAUCUAUACUCCUAAGUGGGGAGAACGCUUAUUUGAGAGCAGCGCUUAUUCUGGUGCUUAUUAAAAAAAAAAAUAUUGGUGUGGAGCUUUCCAUUGUUCCUAUGUUACCAAUUUCACGUAUUCCCAAAUUUCGGUUAACCUAUCAUAGACC